CUCCUCCUCGCUGAUUGGCCGCUGAGCCUAAGCACCUCCCCUUCUUGAACACGUAUUGUUGUCUCGCCGACAACAAACAUGGCGGCCGGACCCGCGUAAAUUGGACACCUCAUAUAGCAGGUUAUUCUCCUCAUGUUUUCGGUGACACACUUUGACGAAUAGACGCCUCGACUAAGGAGGGACCAUGGCUUUUGAGGAGAUCAAGAAUAAAGGAGGAAUGGACCUGGGGAUGGACGGAGAAAGAGGCCUGGUAGCGGGUCGCAGCCAGAGAGAGAAGAGGAGGUCGUACAAAGACCUGCUCAGAGAGGAAGAGGAGAUCGCUGCUCAGGUCCGGAAGUCUUCAAAGAAACGUCCCAAGGAUUCAGAGCUCUUCAUGCUCGGAGGAGACUCGCACAAGAAGAAGAAGAAACACAGUGACGAGUACUAUUACAGAGACCACGAUCAUUCAGGACCCCCACCUCAUAAGAAGAAGCACAAGUCUGCAGACCGCUCCCCCACGCUCUCCUCCCCCUCGACGGACACGGCGAUGGGUCUCCUGCAGGCCAUCACCUCCCCUCUGGCCACAGGCUCCGACCCGAGCCCCCACCUGCACAAGAAACCCUCCUACCCCUCCUUCUCCUCGCACUCCUCCAAGGACCGCAAACGCGAGGGCAGCGGCGGCGGCGGUGGAAGCAAAGGCAGCCACUCCUCUCACUCCCGCCCGAUGUCUUCAUCCUCAUCCUCCUCCAAGAAGCACUCCUCGUCCUCCUCGAAGUCGUCUCUCUUCCACGGCGGCGCCCCGAAGGAGGAGCCGCUGACGCUGCGCGAAGCCGACGGUCUGAAGAUGAAGCUCAUCAUGUCACCGGAGAAGGAGGAAGCAGAGAGCUUCCCGUUCACGCCGCACUCGUCCAAAGGAGGCGGGAAGAAGGAGAAGGAUCGAGACAGGAUGCAGACGUCGAAGGCGCCCAAGAAGAAACAGGAUCAGGGUCGAGAUCCGCUGCCGGUGGUCGGGAAGGAGGUGGAGGUGGAAGGUCAUUACGGCGGCGGCAUGGGAGACGACAGCUCUUCAUCAGGAGGCGAGCUGGAGGCCGGCGAGCUGGUCAUAGACGAUUCGUACACGCACCUGUCGAAAAAGAAGAAGAAGAGCAAAAAGAGCAAGAAGAAAAAGGAUAAAGAAAAAGACAGAGACAAGGAGAAGAGUGGGAAGGACAAGAAGCACAGCAAAGGAUUCGGAGCAGACUCGUCUCGAGGUCACGGCCACUCCCACCCCACCGUCACCCACAGCUCCGUCGGGCCGAUGUACGCCAUGGGCACGCCCGUCCCUCAGCACCACCACCAAGGCAACGAUGGAGUACCAGAGAAGAAGAAGAAGAAGAAGGAGGAGAAGGAUCGGGAGAAACACGAGAAGGAAAAAGAAAAGCCCAAGAAGAAGAACAUGACGGCGUACCAGGUGUUCUGUAAGGAGUACAGGGUCAACAUCAACGCAGAGCAGCCUGGGCUCGUGUUUGGUGAGCUGAGUAAGAAGCUGGCAGAGGUCUGGAAGGCGAUGCCUGAAAAAGACAAACUGGUGUGGAGGCAGAAAGCUCAGUACCUGCAGCACAAACAGAACAAAGCCGAGGCCACCACAGUCAAACACAAGAGCGCCAGUGAGGGCAAGACCAAAGUCGUAGGAACAGGAACAGGGAUGGUGUCUCCCAGCAGGACACCCGGCACCCUGUCUCUGUCUCCGGCUCGAGUCCCUGACGUGGAUCCCAUUGAUGCCGCUGCUCACCUGCAGCUCCUGGGCGAGUCCCUGUCUCUGAUUGGACACCGGCUACAGGAGACAGAGGGCAUGGUGGCAGUGUCCGGGAGUCUGUCUGUUCUUCUGGACUCCAUCCUCUGUGCACUGGGACCGCUGGUCUGUCUCACGGCUCAGAUACCAAAGCUAAACGGGUGUCCUCGUACGGUCCUGUCUAACACGUUGGACAACAUCGCCUACAUCAUGCCGGGUCUCUGAGUGACGUCAGCCCACUGAAGAGCGACCUUCAGACUCGAACCGAUGGCGUCUGAAUCGUGGAUCUUUGUAGCGUCUCUCUCUUUUUAAAGUGUAUUUUUUUAUGAACCUGUUCUCUUAAUUUUCUAAUUUGUGAUAUUUUUAAAUGAAACAUUUUACUGAACAUGUUAAUCUCUCUUUAGCAUGUGAGUUAGUUUUACUGUUACUGUACAGUCUGAUUUUGUAUGAUGUGGCCUGAAUGUGUUGUACUGAGUGUGUGUGUGUGUGUGUGUGUUUUUUUUUACUGAUGUACAGAAACAUUGAAGUCAUCUGUUGAUCCUCAUCAACAUAAUAUAUUUGACGCCUGCUUAGAUUUUCUUUGACUGUAAUAAAGUGCUGUUUUUUACAUUUGAUAUUUUACAGUACGAGUUUAGAUUUUGACUUCUGUAGGAUUUCAAAGGUGCUAAAAGACACCUUCAAGUGCAGCCUCUAAUCAGGAGCUGUAAAAACAAAAAUCACUGUUGAUAUUUAAUAAAUGGGCAUCAUAAAAAUGGGCUUUUCCAAAAAUCA